AUGACAGAACAGCAGAAGCGUCCUCGUGAAGACGAUCUUCCGACUUUUGACGAUCCAGCGGACCUCGUCAACGCGGUGAUAUCAACAUUGCAAAUUCCAGAGGAUAGAACCAAUGUAGCGACUGACUACGCCAACGAUAAAAACUUGGCUACUGAAGUUCAGGCAUACGCCAAGAUCGCUGGCCGUGACUGGACGUACUACGUUAGAACUUUGGCCAUUUCGAUCGGAAGAAACACCGAAAAUAACCCUACCAACGCUCCAGCCAGCCAGCAAACAGUAAACAUCGACUUGGGCCCCGCCAAAGUUGUCUCUCGACAGCAUGCAGCCAUCAAGUAUAACAUGGAUUUGAAGUGCUGGGAGUUGACUGUGCUAGGAAGAAACGGUGCAAGAAUCGAUGGCAAUAAAGUGCCCGUUGGUUCUGAACAUGCUACUCCAUUGCACUCCGGUGCUAUAUUGGAUAUAGGUGGCACACAAAUGAUGUUUAUUUUGCCUGAUGCGCCUCCUAGCAUCCUGCAAAAGAUGUUGAAUGUCUGUUUAUCCCGCUAUAAGCAGCAAGGAAACAAGAUGCCUGCCACAUCCAACAACCUCCCGAGAAACCCGACCAUGCAUCAGCCUCUGAAUUCGAUGAGACUGUUUUUGGGUGUAACGGGGUUCCAGAUGUUUGAUAAAGCCAACUUGACGCAUUCCCCUUCUUCAGUAUCAGCUGUCUCCUUGCAGAACAAUUUGGACCAGGACUUGUCAAAAGAAGACGCUAAGGACAUUAAGCCUCCAUAUUCUUAUGCCACCAUGAUUACGCAGGCUAUUCUUUCAAAUCCAGAUGGUGUCAUGUCUUUGUCCGAGAUUUACAACUGGAUAUCAUCCCAUUAUGCAUACUAUAAGUACUCCAAAGCCGGUUGGCAAAACUCAAUCAGACAUAACUUGUCGCUCAACAAGGCCUUCGAAAAGGUUCCCAGGAGACCUAACGAGCCGGGCAAAGGUAUGAAGUGGCAAAUCAGCGAGUCUUACAAAGAAGACUUUAUGAAGAAAAUUCAAAAUGGCACGUUGCUGAAGUCCCGUCGUGGCUCCUCAGUAUCUAGAACAUUGCAGAUUCAUCUCGCCACUCAUCACAGCCUUCCAGACUCACAGGGCUCUGGAGGUGAAAAAAGACAAAUUAUGGAUUUUCGUGGUUCCUCAAAUGGUGAUCACAUGUAUCAAAAGGUCACUCAACCAAUGCCAUACACUGGUCUCCCACCAAAUCAAAUGCAACCACAGAUCAAUUUCGGUGGUCAAAUGAACGGCUACCCCAUGCAGCAGUUCAAUGGUCCUCCAGGGUACCCAGGCAACCCUCAGAUGCCCAACCAAUCUCAUUUGCAGCAGCAUCAACAUCAACCACAGCAGCAAUUUAUGUCCUCCUUAAGUGGAGAGAACAAGACACUCGCCUCGCCCCUUAAGCACAAUACCAGACAGGACGCCAAUACGCCGAAGCUACCCAAGGCGGGUAUGAAGCUUGGACUUCCAAAUAACGCUAACAAUGUGACGCAAUCAUCCCCAGCGUUUUGGAACUUUGUACAAUUUAGUACACCAAACGGGCAAACUCCAGGAAGAAAAAAUAGCGAAGAAAGUAACGACCAGGCAAGCCCAACACAUCUGCGAAGAGCGACGGUCAAGGAUUCGAAAGACAUCCCUGACGCGAAGGUCAACGGCUCACCAGGUAAAACCGUCACGCCUCCUAAGUAG